UUCUUUUUACAAUGACAAUACUACUCAUAGAUAGAUUAUCUAAUAAAUGAGUCUGGAAGAACUCCCGCCGCGUACGAAAGUCGAGUUGUAUAAAUUUGCUCCGCCACCCCCACCGCCACCGCAACCACUUGUUUUCGCCGGCGCUAGCCAUUUUUCUACUAACACACUCUUCUUUUGAUUCCAAAAAAAAAAAAAACAAACGAAAAAUUAAAAAUAAAAUCAUUUAAUUUUACACUGAUCACGCUUCAGAAACAUAGGAGCAAUAAGGUUGGAAAUAAUGAAGAUCAAAGGGAGUAAAAUUGGCGGAGCGAAACGGAUCAGCCUAGGGUUGCCGUCGAUUUUCCUCUUGUGCCUCUUCUUCUUCCUUGCCGGCUUUUUUGGUUCGUCUCUUUUCUCUCAGCAGGAGACGCCCAGGCCGGCGAUGCGGGAAAUGACGGAAGAGAUGAAGAUAGAAUCUCAGACGCUGCCACGUGGACAUUCCGGCGAGGAUUCCGUGGAGGAGAUCCCCUUUCAGAUUCUGAGCUGGAUUCCUCGAGCAUUAUUCUUCCCAAACUUUGCUACAGCAGAACAGUGCGAAAGCAUUAUAAAAAUGACGAAGCCGCACCUCAAACCGUCAAAAUUAGCUUUUCGUCAGGGAGAAACAGCAGAAAAUACCAAAGGAACUAGGACAAGUUCGGGAAUGUUUAUUAGUGCAUCUGAAGAUAGUACUGGACUCCUCGAUCAGAUUGAUGCAAAAAUUGCUAAAGCAACAAUGAUUCCCAAGAAUCAUGGAGAGUCCUUUAAUGUCCUGCGUUAUGAGAUUGGGCAGAGAUACCAUUCGCACUACGAUGCUUUCAAUCCUGCUGAAUACGGCCCACAGAAGAGCCAAAGGGUUGCUUCUUUCCUGUUAUAUCUAUCCGAUGUUGAAGAAGGGGGUGAAACCAUGUUCCCUUUUGAGAAUGGACAAAACAUGGAUGGCAAUUACGACUACCGUAAAUGCAUCGGUCUGAAAGUAAAGCCACGCAGAGGAGACGGACUUUUAUUCUACUCACUAUUCCCAAACGGCACAAUUGAUCCAACGUCUCUUCACGGGAGCUGUCCAGUCAUCGAAGGAGAAAAAUGGGUAGCCACAAAAUGGAUCAGGGAUCAAGUGCAGUUCCAAGAUUAUUAAUAUUUGAUUUUCUGGUUUCGUCGAGCGAAUUAAGGUAUUCGAAGAUCAAAAACAUUCCGGCAGCGAAACUCACAACCCACAACAGCAAUGUAUUCACAGCAUCCAUGUCUGAAGCUUAAGAAGAAAGAAACAAAUAGACAAACGACGGCGGAUAGAUGGGGUUCUUCUUUGUGACCUGUUAUAUAUAUAUAUAUAUAUAUCUAUAUAUUGUAUAUAUAUGUGUGUGUCGAAAAGGAAAGAAGAAAACAAAAAAGUUUAUAAAAGGAAAGGGGGAUUUUUGGAGGAGAGAGAGAAAUAUAUUACUAUAUUGGUUACAGAAAUAAGAAAUUGUAUUUUUUAA